GAAUCAGCUGUGAUAUUUUCCAUUCAGAAUCAUACUCCACUUGGCGUUUAACUUUGAUUUGUGAAAUUCUUAAAGCAAAUUCAGAUAACUAAAAGUAUUCACUGCAUCAGGAUGCUAUACCUGUUUUUCGAUAUCUGGCAGCAGUUUAUGCAGGGCUUUGGAAUUGUGAUAUGUUACGCGCAAGGUUCGCAGGUCUUGACGAUUUUGGUCAGCUGCAUUCUGUCCCUGGCUUUCCUUAACAACGCGAGUGCGGUAAGCCUCAUCGUCCAGGCGGUGGUUGGGGUCAUAACUACCAAGAAGCCUAAGCGGAAGCUGGACCCACAGCCGACGCCCAUCAACAUAGUGCGGAAAAUGACGCGCAAGACGGUGCUGGGCAGGCAGCUGGUCUGGACAAACUACGACCACCUGCCUCUGGCCAUGCUGCUGGAGAACAACGGCAGCACGGUGAUCCUGCGCAUCUGCUGCGAGUCAAACAUGGUGCCCCAACUGAGCGGGGGCGAGCUGCCGGACCAGUACCACUUGGUGGAGGCGUGCUUCAAGUGGGGCGAGCUGCGCGCCGAGCACUCGAUAGACUCGGUGCAGUUCUCGCUGGAGAUGCAGGUGCUGCACCGCUGCUACCAGGACCGGGUGCCCUUCCAGCACGUGUCGGUCUCCUAUCUGUUUCUCCAGAUGGGAGGGAGGAACGACCCAUUAACCCAGAUCACUGAAAACCUGCGCUGCGUCGCGCAUCCCGACUCGAAAAUCGAAUUGCCGGCCUUUGAUCUAGCCUCCUUAAUGAAUCCCUUCGGCAGCAGCUUCUACAGCUACACGGGCACCUACGACAACGGUGUCCAGGUCGUGCCCACCAUGUGGCUGAUUAACACCCACAUCUUCCCCAUCAGCUCGGAGCAGUUAUCCCAGUUCGGUGCUCUCUGCGGUCGCGAUGGUAACAGGAUCAAGUGCAACGCUCGGCAGGAGCAGCCACUGGGGAAUCGCUCUGUCCAUUUCAACUUUAUUUGACUCUCUCCUGGAACAGAUACAAGAUACAAUUCAUUGCUUUAUUCACAUCCUGUUUGAUUAUUAAGUUGCAUUUUUUAUAUAUAUUCUCAUAAAUAAA